AUGGCUUCCAGCAUCGUCGAGACCAUGUCGCCCGCCGGCCCCUCCAAGUCCCCAGCUGCCCGUCCGAGUACGAUACGGACGCCGUCCUUCACUCGCCAGAGCGAAGAUAGCGACCCUCUCCGAGUGCCGAAACGAGCUCAAACAUUUCAGAAUGGCACAGCAACCGACCCCUUGGCCACGCCGACCAUCUCCAGCAUAUCGGCACAAACAAACACUUCCGAGGCUCCCGAUGCAUUCGAGACGGCCGCGCGGCCCUCGACAGACAACGACGACGGAUUCGAUGGCAGAGGUUCCGUGGACCUCGGCGAACUCCCCAUCGAGCUCGUCAGCCUAACAGACAGCUUCGUCGAGUCCCUUACCACCAAAACCUACCCGACACCCUUGACCCUGGACAAGGUCUCCGAGCUGUUCCAAGAUUUCUAUCAGGUCGCCUCGACACACGUCAACACACACAUCUCUAGCUUGAUCUCUCGGCAUAACCGGGAUGCGUCGCCUGCUCCGUCCGCGUCAUCCAGGGUCUCCACAGCCAGCAGGCUCCGGGCCAAGGCGGCUUCUCUCGGAAGCAAGGAUAAACCCAAAGUCCUCCCCGAGACGGAACAGCAGAUGAUCACUGCUGAGGAACUAGCCAACAGAAAGAAGGCGCGGAGGGCCAUUGAGGCCAAGCGGGGCAUUAUCGAGGAGGCCGUUGAGAGAAGACUAUGCGAGGGCAUCUACCACAAGAUCUACCGCCACAAAAGCACGCAAGACGAAGCGCAAGACUCCAAGCUGAGGUCCAAGACCGCAGCACUUGCACUGGUCGGGAUCGGCCCAGCCGACCUGGGCAUCGACCUCGGCGAGCAUGCGUCGCAGACCCCCGAGGCGGCUGCUGAGAAGGCAGAAGAGAUCAAGAAGUCGCUCGAGCAAGCAAGGAGAGACUUGAUCCUCAUGAACGAGAAGCGUUAUCCGCUCGGCAAGGUGCACCAUUUGAAGGCGGCUCACAAGAGCAUCGUGGAGACUCUGGCUCAAUUUCACCCAUCGGCGUCUGCGGACGAGAUCAUGCCCAUGCUCAUCUUCACGCUCAUCACGCUCCCUCCCGAGCAUCUCAACGUCAUCAGCGACCUACACUUCAUUCAGUACUUUAGAUGGGAGCCGAAGCUAACGGGAGAAGCUGCCUACUGCUUGACAAACCUCGAGGCGGCCAUCAGCUUCUUGGAGACGGUGGAUUUGUCCACGCUAAGGGCCGACGAGCUGCCGCAGGGCCCCGCUAGAAGUCUGAGCCAACCGGGCACCCCACGGGCUGACACAUUCCCUCCGGCCUUCCCGCCCGGGUUGACGGUGACGGCGGAUGCCACGGUGGAGACGAACUCUGGCAACGCCACCCCCACGAGACCUCCGCCGUCGUCUGCGGCGUCAUCUGGGCUCCGCGCAGCAGUUCAGGCUCGGAAUAGGAGGCUGAGCGAGCUGGUCAACACGCCGGCCCAGGCCAUCGGCGCCGCCAGCGACGCCGUGCUCAACACGGCUGACCAGCACCUGAAGACCAUCUCUACGAGCUUAGGUGACAGUUACAAGUUUUUAGUUGGCAAAUUGCGUGAGACCCAAGGGACGCCGACUGAAUCUGGCCAGGGCCUUGUCGUACCCAAGACGCUCGACGACGCCAGGAAGCUGAUGAGUACGCCUCCGCCCGAUGAAGAAGGGUCUAUCAGCGGUGCCAGUUCUGUCCACGGCACAGAGGAGGCCGAAUCCACUCGCCGUCCUCCCGUUCGCGAAGAUAAGGUCUUGAACCUUAUCGGUGGGCGAAAGGCGAGCCGAGACCAUAGCGCCGACAGCUCUCGGAGCGUGAGCAGUUCGAAGAAGGUACUGUUUGCAAAAGAAGGGGAGAAGGACCCAGCGGCGCCGUCUUCUGCGGCCGUUGCUAACCCUCUCGAUUCUGUGCGAAACUUUGGCAGCUCGUUCUCCAGGUUUUCUGGCAUGAGCAUGAUUCGUGGCUUGAGUCGGACUGCGUCUACGCCCGUGACUGCAAAAGAAACACCCAAGGACGUAUCGAGAGACGGGCCAUCAAAAGGCGCGACAGCCAAGGUGGCUGAAGGCGGCGACCUAGCAAGUGCUUUCCCGGACAUCGCGGCUGCUUUGCCGCCUAAGCAGGCACCCAAGGUCAACCCGCCAAACAAGCGGUUCAUGGAGUUGCAGAACCCCGGCGACCUUAAGUUGGGCGAGGUUCUGGACCUUUUGCGCGACUAUAGGCGGCUGGCCAACGCGCUGAAGGACAUGGGGGCCUUUGAAGGGUCGAAAUGA